AUGGCGGCGGGCGGCGGCGACGACGAGAGCAUCGCCGAUGGAUCCUCGUUCGAGAUUAAGAUAAAGACGCUCGAUAACCGCACCUUCGAUGUCGCCGUGCAUCCCGAGAUGCUCGUCUCCACCCUCAAGGACCGCAUUGCACCGCUGCUGGGCGUGCCAGCGGGCAGGCAGCGGCUGGUGUUCCGCGGGAAGGUGCUCAAAGACGACAGCCCCGUCGCGUCGUACGGUAGGCUUGGUUACCCCUCCAGACCGCAUUACACCGCAGUUAAGCGAGCUGCCAUCCAGGCAGCGGCUGGUGUUCCGCGGGAAGACGGCAUGCCGGGGGCAGCGACGUUGCACAUGGGGUCGGUCAACAUUCACACGGACGGCUCCCCAAUGAUGCCGGACCUCAACCAGAUCGUGACUGGUGUUCUGAGCUCCAUUGGUCUCAACCCCUUGGCCGGCAACACCAGCGCCACCAUCAACGUGACCCAGCCGGGCGGCACAGCGGGUAGGGCGACAGGGGGAGGGUCGGCAGGAGCAGCAGCAGGGAGAGGAGGAGCGGGAGGAGGGACGGCAGGAGGAGGGACAGGAGGAACAGGAGGGGGAGCGGAAGGAGGGGCGGGAGGGAGAGGAGGGGAUGGUGCAGGGAGGGCGCAGGGAGGGCCGGAGUUUCAAAUUCAUGUUGACACUGCAGAGAGGGAGCAAGCGCGCCGGCAGGCGCUCGCCCCGCUGCCGCGACUAGCUGCCAACAUUCGCCGCCUCGAAAGCAUCCUGCGCGGCUCCGCCUCGUCCCAGCUGCUGAACCUGGCCUCGCGGCUGGAGGGGGUGGCAUCGGUGCGGGAUGCGGCAGAGUGGGCGGCGGCGAGGGAGGUGGUGGAGGGCGUGGGGCACACGCUGCAGCAGAUGGGCCCUCUGCUGCUCGAGCUGGGCCGCCUGUGCCACGCGGUGCAAAUGGGCGAUACUGUGGGAGAGGCGAGGCUGCAGGCGUCGCAGCCGGUGUUCAUCAACCAGUUCGGCCCCAACCCCGUCGUCAUGCAGGUGGGGCUCAGAUGUUAA